UUCAGCACGGAUAUAUGGACUUGGAAAUGCACGAAGUCCAGUUCAAAAUCAAGACUUAUUAGAAUAAAAGCAGUCUCAACUUCAAGAAUUCGUGUAUAUCUUGUAGAAUAUAGGUGGAUGAGUACGACCUGUUGUAAAACAAGUCUUAAAUUCGAGCCUCCGUCGAGCGGUCUGUAUGGUUUCUUGGUGUCAUGUGAUGACGAGUGCGAGCUAUGGAUCAGCGGAUACCAGGAGCCACGCAUGCCCAUGGAGGUCGCCUUUGAUGGGGUGGAGAGGAUGUUAAUGCAGAUCCGGAAAUGGGACGGCUAUAACCAAAGCGCUGGAUGUCUUCAAGCUCGUUCAUCUUCCCGCCUGCGUCUCGCAUCGUGUAUGGUGUACGUCCUGCGUCUUUACGUCAAAAGUGGUGCAACUUUUAAUUGUCUGCGCGUUGGCAUGGAAACACCUGGACACCCCAUAGAAGAACCAAUCAGCAACAAGAAUUUAUUUGCUGUCCCGCCAGGUGAACUUACAUUAUAUAUCUUGCAGUAAAACCUCGUUAACUAGAACUCAUAUUCAGACGCGUUUUGCUGUAUGUCAGUUGAACGUCGUUAAUUGGAAUACUCGAGGCAGCAUGAUAAAGCUAUCCGAACGAUUAAACUUGAAGUUAGUUCGAGAUUGUGGGGAGUUGUAAUA